AUGGCGUUGGGUCGGCUCUCGGUAGAAGAACAGUUCGAGGCGCAGUGCGACGCACAUGGGCGCAGUGCGACGCGCAUGGGCGCAGUGCGACUCCCAUGGGCGCAGUGCGACGCGCAUGGGCGCAGUGCGACGCGCAUGGGCGCAGUGCGCCGCACAUGGGCGCGCUCGGAUUUUUCUAACCUCCCCUCUCCCCUUUCCCCUGCUCACGUUCAGAUAGUUGACGCCCGUGCCGCGCGCUCCCCCACCACGUCACCUCCCCUCUGGGCCAUCCUCCGGGCCGCGCACGCCGUCGCUCAGCCACGUCACCUCCCCUCUGACACCCUGCCACGUCACCUCCCCUCUGACGCCCUGCCACGUCUCCAGUCAGCCAACGCAUUUGUAACCAGCAUUCGCUCCUGUCGCUUGCGCCUGGCGGCGUCUGACACGCUCAACGCCAAGAGCACGCCAUGGCCCUCUGCCUGA